AAAAUACAUCAAAUUAUUAUUUGAUGACACUAAAAAAAAUUAUUCUUAGUGCUGUAAUAGUGGUGGUAAACUAUCAAUAAAAAUAUGUUUAGUAAUACUUGUGCAGUGUGUAAAGUGAUUUUAUAGUAUAAAAUGUUUUAAUAAUGCCUUCUUACAACCCAGGCUCUUGUCUGGGUGAGAGAUGAACUUGUUCAGUUGUCUGGUACCGUGCGGUCUGCAUUGGGCGAGCGCCGGCAGCGAGGAUUGUCACAGCGAAGACAUCAGGCGGCCUGGUGGCCAAGGGCCUGUGCUUUCGCAGUAUAGCAGGCGGAGGCAAGAACAUAACAUCGGUCAUCGAGAACUCGACCAGCAAGAUAGUGUCGGCGUGCGAGGCUGUGGCUUUGCGCGAGUGGUCAGGAGGGCGCCCCCAGCCCGCAUGACCGGGGGAGCGACUGUUGUCGUUAUGGGGGCCAGCGCCUCAACUGACUCACCCUCGCCGCCUAUGGGGGUUGUUGUUAGAGAGCGAAAGAAGAAAGUGAAUGGGUUUGCAACCUUACGAAAAAAAUUUAUUAGGCGUCGUAGGUCGUCCAAAACUUGUGAUCAUGGAAGAGUAUUGCGGGAAUUGGUUUCUGAUUGGACUCCACUAGAAGUUGGUGCUUUGUUAGAGGAAUAUGAAGCUCUCGCAGCGUUAAAGGACUUAUCUGUACAAGCUGAGCUGGCUAGACCACCAGCAACAACAUUCAAGCAGGAUCUAUGUACAUUAUUCGAACAAAAACAUUGUACAGAUGCGGACCUGGUGUUCAGAGGAGCCAUUUUUCCUGUACAUAGGGCUCUUCUGUCUGCAAGAUGUCCUUAUUUCCGAGAUUUGUUAGCAGGAUGUCCAGGAUAUGGAGCAAGAAUUUGUUUGGAAUUACGCACCACAACGGUAGAUGUGGCAAUGUUUUCCGCUUUACUACGGUACUUAUAUACAGGUGAUUUAUGUCAUGAUCCCUCGAUGGAUAUGACUCUGUUAAGGAGAUUGGGUGAAGAAUUUGGAACACCAAAUCCAUUGGAAAAUGAUCUCAGAUACCUUCUUGAAUCAGGUGAUUACGCUGAUGCUGCCUUGGUAUUUACUGCAGAAACUGGAGAUUAUCACAGACCUGAUUCUGGGAGCUCUGAGUAUGGUUUCAGACCGAAACUAGAACUGCCUUGUCAUAAAGCUAUACUUAGCGCUAGAUCACCAUUUUUUCGAAAUUUAAUUCAACGGCGCACGCGUAAUGGUGAAGAUCACACCGAGCGAGCCUUGCAUGUGGCUACUAGAAUAGUUUUAGAUGAAAGUGUCAUUCCGAAGAGAUAUGCCAGAGUUUUAUUACAUGCUGUUUAUCUAGACACAGUUGAUCUCUCUUUAAUUAUAAGAGGCAACGGCUGUGGAAAUUCUGGCAGCUUGGGAGAGGUUCAGGCCUUGACACAUACUGGUCGAGUUCGCCCAAGUGCAUUAGAAGAAGCAAUGGAAUUAUAUCAGAUUGGUAGAUUUCUUGAAUUAGAUAUACUUGCUCAAGGCUGUGAAGAUCUCAUCUUAGAUUGGCUGACACCAGAGUCGUUGCCUGGUGUGUUACGCUGGGGUGCACAACCACAUGGUAGUGCUUGGGUGCACAGGCAAGCACUACACUUUUUAAGAGAGGAGUUUCAACCAGUGGCUUUAUCAACAGUUCUUCAUCAAUUAGAUAAGACACAUUUGAUAACAGUAUUGCAAAGUCAUUUUUUGCAAGCAAGUGAACUCGAAGUUUUGCAGGCAGUCUUGAAGUGGGGGGAACAAGAAUUAAUUAGACGAAUGGAAGACAGAGAACCAAAUAUUCUAAGUCAUACUGCACAUUCAGUAGCUAGAAAAGGAGUUAAGAAGAGAGACUUAAGUGAUGUUGAACUACGUGAAAUUCUUUCGGAGCUGUUACCACUUGUCAGAAUGGACCAUGUUUUACCACCAAGUAGUGAGAUAUUAAAUCAGGCUAUCAGAAGGGGUUUAGUCAGUACACCACCAUCCCACAUGAUAGGCGACGAUAGAGAAAAUCUCAGAGUUAACGCAUGGAUUCGCGGUGGUAAAAAUAAUGGUUUAUUUGUUAGACCGCGGCUUUUUAUGCCAUAUUAUGAAGAAGUUAAGUCAUUAUUGGAGGAUCAACUUUUACAAGAGGUGGAGUUAGUUCGAUUAAGAAGGGGCAGAUAUAUUCCUGAUAUUCCUGACACAUUAUACAUGGUUUCGGAACCGCCACGAGCAAUGGGUGCUGCAGGCGUUGAUAUUGUAGCAAACGCUUUGCCUGUACCAGAUAGUCAAACUAUGGCUGCCAUGUUGAAGAGGGAACAAAAACUUAGGCAAAGUCCUAGUUGUCAAAGAGCGAUUACAUUACCACUAUCAUCAAGAUAUGAAAUAAAUAGACAGAUCCGCUUGAGAGUAGUUCGUGAGUUUAAUCUUCCGGAUGCUGUCGCUGAUUUAUUAGAAAAUGCUGCUUGUUAUUAUUCUCAAGAAGCACAAGACUCUGAGAUGCCAUUGAGAGGACAUUCACAAAGUAAUGCCACUCCUCCCCCUUCACCAGCCAAGAUAUCAUCAAAUACUCAGUCUCAGUCCACUGGAGUUGGAAGCCACUCAUCAAGGCAUACAAUUAAUAUGACUUUCCCUCGUCAAGCCACUUGUAUGCAAAGACAUGAGUUACCAGCAUUAGUCACUGAGGGAGAAUACAGAAUGCCUUGUGAGCAGGAAAGCAGUUCCUGCAGCGACGGCCAUCUCUCCGAUAUAAUGCCUGAUGUUGCAAUGGCGACAGCAUCAUUUGGUCAAAUGCAGCUCCAAGAACAACAUUCCGCGCACCAUUCGCAGCUGUCGUUGUUAUCACAGCAGCAGCAACAGCAACAACAUGUACAUGCCCAGCAGCAAGAGGCACUACAACUUGAUUUAGGGGAUGGACCUAGUCAUCACAUUCAUACGGCGGGCCAAGUGAUGGCGCAUCGUACUGGUUCAUAUUCGGGUGCAUCUCAUUCUUUAAUACAGCACAACACGUUGUCAGGAGGUUCAUCGAAUGGAUACCACAGAUAUUUGUCCGGAUCCACGUCUCCUUACAGCAUGCAUAGACACAGUCCGGGUCCCAGUCAACAUUACCCUACUGGACCACCAAGAUUCCUGUAAUCGCAUAGAAUCUCAAAGGUAAAAAUUUGUAAAUACUACUACAAACAGCUAUUGAGUUUAAUGUAUUUCAAUCCUCGUUUUUACUUGUGUGUCAAUAUAAGGCAGAACUAUCUGCCACAGUAAUUCCUUUCAAAGACCAGUGAUAAUGAAAAAUAGACUAUUUAGUUUAUGUAUGAUAUUCAUAUUUGAACGGAUUUAUUUAAAAUUUUCUUUUAAGGAUACCAUAUUUUUGGGACGGUGCGUUUUGCGUA